ACGCCUUCGGACGCAGGGACACGCCUGCUCUCGGCGCAGGUCGCGCCACGUGCCCUGCACCCUUGCUACUAACCCGCCGCUCUCAAGGACGCACGGGCAACUCGACGCGCACACUGGAAGCAAAUAGGCCUCCCAGGUGCCUCACGGCGAGACAGCUCUGUGCGCCAUGCAACCCCUGUCCGACUGGCCCCCGGCGCCCGACGCCCUGCGGGCCUCCCCCUUCCCGCACCCGGUGCUGCACGCCCUCCACGACCUGUCGCGCGCGCUCCUCUUCCCGACCUACUGGGCGCUGGACCAGCUGCUGGGCUGCUGCGCCCCCAGAGCGCCACCCAGCCGGCUGGGAACGCUUCGAGCGGCGGCAGUCGGCAGCGCGGCGCUGGCGCUGCUGCUGCUGCUGGGUUUGCCGCUGGCGCUCCCCGGCCUGCUGCUCUGGCUGCCGCUGCAGGCCUGGCGCCGCCCCUUCUGCUACCAGCCCCCUCCGCGGUGCUGGGUGCCACCCCCGCCCUGGCGCGCGCCCGCCGAGCCCGCGCGCUGCUUCGUCUUCCUCACCGCCAACCUGUGCCUGCUCCCCGACGGGCUGGCGCGCUUCAGCAACUUGUCGCACAGCCAGCGGCGCGCGGAGGCCAUCAGCGCCGCGCUCCUAGCUGGCCUUAGGCCCUCGCUCCACAGGGCCACCGACCGCAGGCAGCCGCAGCCAGGGGCGCCCUGCGGGGUGCUCCUGCCUGCGGUGCCCGCAGGUCUGGACUUCGUGUGCCUGCAGGAGGUGUUCGAUCUCCGCGCAGGCCGUCGCCUGGUGCAGCGCCUGGCGCCCAGUCUGGGGCCGGUGUUGCACGACGUGGGAACGCUGGGCCUGCAGCGCGGGCCCUACCUCAAGCUGCUGGGCAGCGGGCUGCUGCUAGCCUCGCGCUACCCGCUGCUGCGCGCCUCCUUCCGAUGCUUUCCCCACGCGCGUCGGGAAGACGCCCUGGCCUCCAAGGGACUGCUGUCUGCACAGGCGCAGCUGGGCACGCUGGACGGGCGCCGUAUCGUGGGCUUCCUGCACUGCACGCACUUGCAUGCGCCUACGGAGGACGGGCCCUUGCGCUGCGAGCAGCUAACGCUGCUGCUGGAGUGGGCCGAGCAGUUCGAGGCCGAGAGCGGCCAGAGCGACGAGGCCGUGGCCUUCAGCGUGCUCCUGGGCGACCUGAACUUCGACAACCACUCCCAAGACCACGCUCGAGAGCAGGAGCACAAACUCUUCAGCCGCUUCCGGGACCCCUGCCGGCUGGGCACGCGUCGGGAGCAGCCCUGGGCCCUGGGGACUUUACUGAGCACCACCACGCUCCACCACUCGGUGGCUAACUCCCCGGAGAUGCUGUGCAGGGCCCUGGAGCAGGAGAAAGGCCGCCAGCUGUACCUGGCGGGCCCCCCCCAGCGGGGGCUGCCGGCCCACCCGUGGCAAGGCCGGCGUCUGGACUACGUCGCGUACCGGGCACAACCCGGGGGGCUGCUGAGCCCGGAGGUGGAGCAGGUGACCUUCAGCACUGCCCUGGCGGGGCUCACGGACCACCUGGCCGUGGGCCUGCACCUGCGGGUUUCGGCGCCCCCAUAGGCCGGCGACACACGGAGCGGGAGGCUGCGCGGCCGCUGCGCCCGAGCCGGGCGGCCCGAGCAUCUUUAUUG